GAUGGAGGUGCUGCAGAGGAGCUAGCAGACCUGUUAGCAGCUCAGCGGCCUCUUGUACGGCAGGCGGAGACGGCAGCAGUGGCAACUCAGGUGCUGUGGAGAAAUGGGAGGCUGUGGCCUCUCAGGUGGGUGCAGCAUGGCCAGACCUGGGAGAUUAGGAGGGCAGUGUGCGGCUGGGAUUCUGUGGCCAUAACCAGGAUCUCCCGGACCAGGAGGAGAAUAGAACAGAGACGAGCAGAUGCCUUUGUGAACAGCCAGGAAUGGACGUUGAGCCGAUCGGUGCCAGAGCUCAAAGUGGGGAUUGUGGGCAACCUGGCCAGUGGCAAGUCGGCCCUGGUGCACCGGUACCUGACGGGCACGUACGUCCAGGAGGAAUCUCCAGAAGAUAUGGAUGCAGGUGGCAGGUUCAAGAAGGAGAUCGUAGUGGAUGGACAGAGCUAUCUGCUGCUGAUCAGAGAUGAAGGGGGCCCCCCGGAGGCACAGUUUGCCAUGUGGGUGGACGCUGUCAUAUUCGUCUUCAGCCUGGAGGAUGAGAUCAGCUUCCAGACCGUCUACCACUACUACAGUCGAAUGGCCAACUACCGGAACACCAGCGAGGUCCCUCUCGUGCUGGUGGGGACCCAGGAUGCCAUCAGUUCCACGAACCCACGGGUCAUUGACGACGGCAGAGCGCGGAAGCUGUCCAACGACCUGAAGCGGUGCACGUACUAUGAGACGUGUGCCACGUACGGGCUCAACGUGGAGCGGGUCUUUCAGGAUGUGGCCCAGAAGAUCGUAGCCACAAGGAAGAAGCAGCAGCUGUCCAUCGGCCCCUGCAAGUCCCUGCCCAACUCUCCCAGCCACUCCUCCGUCUGCUCAGCACAGGUGUCGGCCGUGCACAUGAGCCAGACGAGCAAUGGUGGUGGGAGUUUAAGCGACUACUCCUCCUCCGUCCCGUCUACUCCGAGCACCAGCCAGAAGGAGCUGCGCAUCGAUGUCCCCCCCACUGCCAACACCCCAACGCCCGUCCGGAAGCAGUCCAAGCGCCGCUCCAACCUUUUCACAUCUCGGAAAGGGAGCGACCCAGACAAAGAGAAGAAAGGCCUGGAGAGCCGCGCGGACAGCAUCGGGAGCGGGCGAGCCAUCCCAAUUAAACAGGGCAUGCUGUUGAAGCGAAGUGGAAAGUCAUUGAACAAAGAGUGGAAGAAGAAAUACGUCACCCUGUGUGACAAUGGCGUGCUGACCUACCAUCCAAGUUUGCAUGAUUACAUGCAGAAUGUUCACGGUAAAGAGAUCGACCUCCUGAGAACCACUGUGAAAGUCCCAGGGAAGAGGCCACCCCGAGCCACAUCAGCCUGCGCACCCAUCGCCAGCCCCAAAACCAAUGGCCUGUCCAAGGACAUGAGCAGUUUACACAUCUCACCAAAUUCAGGGGAUGUCACUAGUGCUCCGGGGUGUCAGACGGCAAGUCGCAUCAGCCUGGUCCCCUUCACCGGUCGACCGGACGGCACACACCAGCGCUCCUUCUCAGUCUCCAGUGCUGACCAGUGGAGCGAGGCUACGGCCAUUGCAAACUCGGCCAUCAGCAGUGACACGGGGCUGGGUGACUCCGUUUGCUCCAGCCCAAGUAUCUCCAGCUCUACCAGCCCCAAGCUCGACCCGCCGCCCUCCCCCCACGCCAACAGAAAGAAGCACCGGAGGAAGAAAAGUACCAGCAACUUCAAAGCAGACGGGCUCUCUGGCACAGCUGAAGCCAAACGCAAAGCAUGGAAACUAAACCGUGUUGGUAGCCUGCGAAAUAUAUACAGCAGCAGCAGCACCAACACCGAAGAACAAGAAGAAAACUUUGAGUUCAUCAUUGUAUCCCUCACUGGCCAGACGUGGCACUUUGAAGCUACCACAUACGAAGAGCGAGAUGCGUGGGUCCAAGCCAUCGAGAGCCAGAUCCUCGCCAGCCUGCAGUCCUGCGAGAGCGGCAAGAAUAAGUCCCGGUUGGCCAGCCAGAGUGAGGCCAUGGCCCUGCAGUCCAUCCGGAGCAUCCGCGGGAACUCCCACUGUGUGGACUGCGACACCCAGAACCCUAACUGGGCCAGCUUGAACCUGGGUGCCCUCAUGUGCAUUGAAUGCUCAGGCAUCCACCGGAACCUAGGCACCCACCUGUCCCGGGUGCGCUCCCUCGACCUGGAUGACUGGCCCAUGGAGCUGAUCAAGGUGAUGUCGUCCAUCGGCAACGAACUGGCCAACAGCGUGUGGGAGGACAGCAGCCAGGGCCGGACCAAGCCCUCCCUAGACUCUGCCAGGGAAGAGAAGGAGCGGUGGAUCCGGGCAAAGUACGAGCAGAAGCUCUUCCUGGCCCCACUGCCGUGCACAGAGCUGUCCCUGGGCCAGCACCUGCUGCGAGCCACUGCCGACGAGGACCUGAGGACAGUCAUCCUGCUGCUGGCACACGGCUCCCGGGACGAGGUGAACGAGACCUGCGGGGAGGGUGACGGCCGAACGGCGCUGCACCUGGCCUGCCGCAAGGGCAACGUGGUCCUGGCCCAGCUGCUCAUCUGGUACGGGGUGGACGUCAUGGCCCGAGACGCGCAUGGGAACACGGCACUGGCCUACGCCCGGCAGGCGUCCAGCCAGGAGUGCAUCGAUGCGCUGCUGCAGUACGGCUGCCCCGACGAGCGCUUCGUGCUCAUGGCCACCCCCAACCUGUCCCGGAAAAACAACAGCCGGAACAGCGGCAGCGGCAGGGUGCCCAGCAUCAUCUGACAGCGAGCGCAGCCCUCGGAAGUCAGCACGUGAGUCCUGGCACGUCCCCUCCCUUUCUGGUGGUCACCGCCUGCCCACCCGCCCAUUCGCCCCUAAUGAAACCUCCAAACCUGGACAUCCUUGAGGGGUGAAGAGGACGCCAGGAUGCUGCAGAACCGAUUCCUUUCCACAAACUGGCAACCGGGCACAGGAGAGACCACCAGGCCUUGCUUGUUUGAUAGCACAGGGCCCGGGACCAGGGCCGGGACACGGGCCAGGGCCAGAGGGGGAGGGGCUCGGGCGAGGAGCACGCAGAAGGGGCAGCUCUCCUUAACUGGCAGUUAAGCACAUGAGUACGUUUCACCUCUACCAAAAGGAGCACUUGGAUUUCAUCUCUUCUCCGAGGAGCUUGACGACAUAAAUCAGAAGCAAGCACAGAGUUUGUCAGGUUUGAAGCCCCUAUGAUGGUAUGUGUCAAAUCAGUUGUAGCUAAUCUGUCCAGGGAGAAUACUGGCUUCAUUACACUUGUAUAGUUGAGUUCUUCCAGCAUUACCGCUGUUUAAUAGAACAUGAUUAGUCAUCACCGAGAAGAAAGCAUAUUAGCCGAGGAGGUAGUUACGCGGCACGCUCCGGUGAUUGCCACGAUGUGAUUGCAAUACUCUUAGAAGCAUCAUAUUAUCCCAGACAUGUUCUUUCGAGCCCUUGGAGCCCUCCUUUCUAAAUUCACUGUCAUAAUUUAGUAUCUGUUUAAUU